AUGGCCGUCUCUCCCAACACCACUCAGCCUGCUGAGGUCCAGAAACCCGACAACACCGCCACCAACACCAACACCGCCGCUGCUGCCCCCAGGAAACGAAGAAGAAGAGCUCCUGCCACUGGAGCCACCGACGACUGCUUUGCUUGCAAGAAACGUCAAGUCAAGUGUGAUCGACGCCGCCCAUACUGUGGGCCGUGCGUCGACAUUGGGAAAGAAUGCUCCGGAUACCGUACCACUCUAACUUGGGGCGUGGGAGUAGCCAGCCGUGGAAAGCUUCGAGGCAUGUCUUUGCCUAUUGCAAAGUCACCUCCUUCAACUGCCACACAGGAGCCAAAAGCCCAGCGGAUGAACUCGAUAGCUUCCACCAGCACUACCUCCACCACCAGUGACCACCAACAUCAGCACAACUUCAACAACCGUGCCAGCAUCGACUUUGGUGCACAUUCACCAAGGAGUCCUACAAGUCCCAUGUUCUCUGCACCCCAGGAAUACCAGUACUUCAGUCCGACCAGCCCAAUACCCAUACCCACUCCAUCUACUCCCAUGGGCUAUCCCAUGCAACAUCAUGGAGAGCACUUCGAAUUCCUACAUCCCCAAGCCACCAAGUUCAGACAUCACCAGCCUCACAGGGGUCCUCUCCAAAGACUGCAAACCACUCUCCAUGUGCCCUUCGAGGAUAACGGCAUGUCGGCAUCUUCGGCAUCUCUGGGCACCUACAGCGAUAGCGACUUCCCUUCACCGAGCGAGUUCCCCAACACACCCGUCGAUGAGUUUCCGUUUGCAGACCCGUCAAUACCACGCUACCAGCCAUUUGAACAGGCGCCAAUGGGCUCUUUGGACCACUACUUCAUCCAUGAGGCGCCUCGCUCAUUACCUACUGGUGACGACAUGAGCUCCAGCGUAAGCUCAGAUCAGAGUAUACAUGACUAUCCCGAAGUGAGCGCAGCCUCGCAACCUAUGGGCCCUGUUGUGUUUCAGGAUGUUUUUGUUGAGGGGGAGAUGAGCUCGAGUUUCAAUGGAUUCCAGCCCGGUUUCUCCUUUCUCCCGUCGGAGGGUAUGUCUUCCUAUGGCUCUGGCCCCCUGUCUCAAGACGUACUGUCGCUCACCACUUCUAUUCCUCAGAGCCUUACCAUCGCUUCGCCCCUUUCCCCGCGGAUGCUAUCCCUUCUGGACUACUACGACAAAUUUAUAUGCCCGGUGCUGGUGGCUUUUGAUAGCCAUACGAACCCUUACCGGAUGCACAUCAUACAUCUGGCAAUGCGCAACGAGGAGUUGCAGAACGCCAUCGGUGCUCUCGCUACCAACAACAUGCGUAUGCGCGGAGGUAUUGAGGGACGGCGGUUGAGUGUACUGCAUGACACGCGCCUCAUACCAGAUCAUGCCUACUCGCAAAUGACGACACGAGAGCUACGCGAGAUGCAUGGCGAGGCAACCGACGAAGAGAAGCACUACAAGGCCAACUCUAUUGCCCUCCUCAACAAGAAGCUUGUCGACUACGAUGGUUCGCAGGACGACUCCGUACUCGCCACGCUUCUGAUUCUUUGUCUCUUCCAUGUCUGCGAUUCCGGCUUUACCAAGUUCAAGACCCAGCUUGCUGGCGUGCAGAAACUGCUUAGUCUUCGCGACAGGACAAUUCGGUCCGAGUUUGUUGGGUGGAUCGAGACUUUCUUCACUUGGUUCGACGUUAUGACUGCUGCAGUCAAUGACCGAGAAAUCGAAGUGCGCGGCGAUUCUCUCGACAUGAUGAACCUGAGUGCCAAUUUGGGUGCAAUGGAACACCAUUCUGGCUGCGAAGGCAGACUGUUUAAACUCAUUGCACGACUUGGACGACUGAACCUGCUUAGUCAGAACCGACCGGUACGCGACAACGAUGACACGCCUACAUCCUCUCCCCGACCCAAGAAAGUCAAAGACUUUUACUCUUUCAGCUUCGAUAAUAUGGAUGGCAAUGGCUGGGGAACGCCGAUUGCCGAGCACGUCGACCCCUUCACAUCUGCACGCGAUGAUCCCCGCUCUGAGUUCUGGAGCGAGUGGAACGAUCUGCGCAUUCGGCUCCAAGAAUGGGAGUUCCCGUCACCUGGCGACAUGCACUCCACAUCUUGUGAGGCAACGUCUUCCAUGCUUGCCAUGUCGCCAGAACAGGCUGCGCUUCUCCACAUCAGCGAGAGUUUCCGCUAUGCAGCGCUUCUCUACACCGAACGCCUAGCACAACCGACUCUCCCCGCCUCGACUCUGAAUUUCCAGAACCUUGUAUCACAGGGUCUUUACCACAUAUCCCAGAUCGGCAUCACCAGCUGUGUCAACAAAUUCCUACUCUGGCCAUUGUUCAUUAUCGGCACGGAGUGCGUUGAUCCGGAACACCGCGCUGUGGUACGACAACGGUGUGUAGAGAUCCAACGCGAGAGCGGGUUCUUCAACAACCUGAGCGGUCUAGAAGUGCUUGAACGCGUAUGGCGCGAAGACGACGAAUGGUCAGACGGCGAUGUGCAUGUACCGAGGCAGAACGGACCUUUCAGCAACAUGCAGCAUCCGUUCCGGUGGAGGAGAGCCAUGGAUCGCGUGGACGGGGAGUACAUUGUGCUUUGA